AUUCCAUUCCUCCCACUCCGACGAACCUUCAACUAUAUUAAUCCGAUGGAAUGGGCCACACUAUCGAAGGAGAUCGAAGAAUGGUUGGUGAACGAUGUAGACACUAGGUCUCAAUUAUGGACAUGGGGAUGCAAUGCUUUCUGGCUCACAUUCGUCGCAGCAUACCCUUUAUUUCCCAGAGGCAAAUGGCCAAUGUGGGACCCUCGCAUUCCUGUGGAGGGGACAUUUAUUCAGGAGUGGUUGGGACGGUCAAAUGAUAUUGAUGCCAUGAAACUUGAGGGCGAACAUUCUCUCGUGGCCCUACUCAAUGACAUAUGGGCCAAAUUCAACAGACAUACUGCGCUCUUUCACCCCUUGCCUCUUCUUGCUGUCGACUAA